AUGAGUCGAUCAUCAACAAACCGAAAAAGAAAAGCGAUCAUCGAGAAAUCGAUCGACAAUUUCGGUGAUGAUGGAGAGAAGACUUUCGUCGGCCACGGCGGUUUCGGAGACAGAGAGGCGUUUAAAAAAGAAUGUGCCACUCUUGAAAAGCUCCGUCACCCGAACAUUGUUGCUUACAUCCGCUCGAGAAAUGUCUCCGAUGGUGGCCAACAAAUGCUGGCAAUAGUGAUGGAAUUCUGUGAGAAGGGAUCACUUCGGCAAGUGCUUUUCGAUGCAAAGAUCAUCUACUCAAUGAGGACAGUGUUGACCUGGAGUAAACAGCUGUUUAGUGUGCUUACUUAUUUGAAACAAAAUGACGUCAUUCAUAGAGAUAUCAAGCCAGACAACAUUUUGGUGACAAAGAACUUCUUGUUGAAAGUCGGCGACUUUGGGAGCAUCAAAUUGAAAGCCGAUUCGUGCAGUGGGACUUUUGUGGGCACUCUUCGUUAUAUGAGUCCGCCAAGAGCUGGGGAACCAGUUGGACGAAAGGAUCAUUUCAUGUCUUCUCACCGAAACGAUGUCUACAGUUUGGGACUUGUGCUUUGGGAGAUUGUUGAACAAAGG